CCUAAUUAUAAAAUCACUGGUCUGGAGUCGCGACACUCGGUAGUACUCCGAAACCCCCCACAAAGUCCCCAUAUUCGUAGACUCGCAGUAUCAGUCUUCCCACUCCAAUUUUGCAUCCGAUGACUUGCUCCUAAUUUGUUGUUCGAGGGAAAACUACGUUAAAACGGAUCCAAAGCGCCAUCAAAUAUCUCACAUCUUGAUUGAUAAAUAAAAUGGGUACUUUUGCAAGAUCCAAACAUUGGGUUGUUCUAGUUCUGGUAUCCAUUGCCAUUUCUGGGGGUUUUGUUUCUGCUCAAUCCCAUCGACCUAAGAAUGUUCAAACUGCACUUCGUGCAAAGUGGGAGGGUACUCCUCUACUUUUGGAAGCUGGGGAAUUGCUAUCAAGCGAGUGGAAAGACUUGUUCUGGGAGUUUGUUGACAGCUGGCUUCAAAACAAGCAUGAUGACGUAGAUUCAAGCUCAGCCAAAGGCUGCAUGCUUAAAAUUGUUAAGCAUGGACGCUCUUUCUUGAGUGAACAUCUAGGCUCCAUGUUUGAAUUUUCUCUAACUCUCCGAUCAGCAUCCACUAGAUUAGUCCUUUAUCGGCAGUUAGCACAGGAAUCCCUAUCUUCUUUUCCUUUUACUGACGAAGCUGUUACUAAUGGUGAUGAUGGACGGGCUUCAGAUUUACAUGGUAAAACAAAUAUGGGGAAUAAAAAACCUGACCCCCUUCUUGUAGGGGUGAAUCCAGCAAGUCCAGGAGGAAAAUGUUGUUGGGUUGAUGUUGGUGCAUCACUAUUUUUUGAUAUUCCUGAAAUGUUAGAGUGGUUGGAGAUCCAGAAGGAUAUAGGUGGGGAUUCAUUUCAGGAGCCUGAACUUUUUGAACUCGAUCAUGUAUAUUCUGUCUCUAAUAGUUCAAGUCCAGUUGCCAUUCUAUAUGGAGCGCUGGGAACUAACUGCUUUGGGGAGUUCCAUGGAGUACUUGUUAAAGCAGCCAAAAUGGGAAAGGUUAAAUAUGCAGUUAGACCGGUAUUACCUCUUGGCUGUGAGGCGAAGACUAGCCCUUGUGGCGCACUUGGCACCAAAGAUCCUGUGAACUUAGGUGGCUAUGGUGUGGAGCUUGCCUUGAAAAAUAUGGAAUAUAAGGCUAUGGAUGAUAGCAUGAUUAAAAAAAGUAUCACUCUUGAAGAUGCUCAUACAGAAGAUCUCACUCAAGAAGUUAGGGGUUUCAUUUUUUCCAAAAUACUGGAACGUAAAUCUGGGCUCUCCUCUGAGAUUAUGGCUUUUAGGGAUUAUCUUUUGUCAUCCAGUGUAUCAGAUACGCUGGAAGUUUGGGAAUUGAAAGAUUUGGGACAUCAAACUGCGCAGAAGAUUAUCCAUGCCUCUAAUCCCUUGCAAGCAAUGCAAGAAAUUAAUCAGAAUUUCCCCAGUGUUGUUGGAUCAUUAUCAAGGAUGAAGCUCAAUGAUUCUGUGAAAGAUGAGAUACUUGCAAACCAGAGAAUGGUCCCUCCUGGCAAGUCUUUAUUGGCGUUAAACAGUGCUUUGAUCAAUAUUGAAGAGAUUGACCUUUAUCUGUUAAUUGAUUUGGUGCAUCAGGAGUUGUCGUUGGCUGAUCAAUUUUCUAAGCUGAAGAUUCCUGAACCUACUAUAAGGAAAUUGCUAUCAACUUUGCCACCCUCAGAAUCAAGUAUGGUUCGCAUUGAUUUCCGCUCAAGUCAUGUUAAUUAUAUCAAUAACUUGGAAGAGGAUUCUAUGUACAAACGAUGGCGUAGCAAUAUAAAUGAGAUAUUGAUGCCAACAUUUCCUGGACAACUGCGGUAUAUUCGCAAGAAUCUAUUCCAUGCAGUUUAUGUAGUUGAUCCUGCCACCUUUUGUGGGCUUGAGGUGAUUGAUAUGAUUGCCAAUUUAUAUGAAAAUCAAUUGCCAGUGAGAUUUGGAGUAAUUUUAUAUUCCACCACAUUCAUUGAGAAAGUUGAGAGAAGCGGUGGGGAGAAUUUUGCAGAUUCCAUAGUCAGCUCAACAGAUGAAGAUAUCUCGAGUUUGAUUAUUCGUCUUUUUAUUUAUAUUAAGGAGCACCAUGGGAUGUUGAGAGCUUUUAAGUUCUUGACUAAUGUUCACACAGAGGCUGGUGAUUCUGGUGAAGAGACCCCAGAGAGGCAUCAAGUGGAAGGAGCAUUUAUAGAUGCAGUAUUAAGUCAGUCAAAGUCUCCUCCCCAAGACGUGCUACUAAAAUUGGAAAAGGAGAAGUCUUUUGAAGAUGUGGCUAAGGAAAGUUCCAUGCUUGUUUUCAACCUUGGGUUAUCAAAGCGCAAGUGCUGCCUCUUAAUGAAUGGACUUGUGUACAACUCAAACGAGGAAGCUCUGUUAAACGCUAUGAAUGAUGAGCUGCCUAGGAUCCAGGAACAAGUCUACUAUGGCAACAUUGAUUCAGACACUAACGUGUUGGAUAAAUUUUUGUCUGAGAAUGGUAUACGACGCUACAAUCCACUGAUUAUAGCUGAUGGAAAGGUGAAGCCUAAGUUUGUAUCACUUUCCAAUUCAAUUCUUGAUGAGGAGUCUGCUCUUCAUGAGAUGAGUUACCUCCAUUCCCCUGAAACUAUUGAUGAAGUGAAACCGGUGACACAUCUUCUUGCCAUUGAUUUGACAUCAACAAAAGGGCUGAAGUUUCUCCGAGAAGGAAUACGUUAUCUUGUAGAUGGGUCCACAAAAUCCCGUGUAGGUGUACUCUUUGUCCCGAAUCUUGCUUCUGAUUCACCUGGCCUCCUUUUUGUAAAGAUCUUCCAAGUCACUACAUCUUCAUAUAGCCAUAAAAAGGGGGUAUUGAAGUUUUUGGAUCAGCUAUGCUCUUUAUAUGAGAAUAUCUUCAUGAAAAAUCCUUCGAAGCAGACAGAAGGCAUUAAAACAUUUAUUGAAAAAGUUUCUGAUCUAGCAGAUGUGAAUGAAUUGCCAUCUAAGGGCUAUAGCUCUCUGCUUACUGAAUUUUCGGUUGACGAUUUGCAAAAACAAUUGAAUAAGGUGGCUCUGUUUCUACACAAGCACCUUGGGCAUGAGUCUAGUCUAAAUGUAGUCUUCACCAAUGGAAGGGUGACUGUUCUUCCUGAGGAAAGUACUUUCCUGUCUCAUGAUCUGCAUUUAUUGGAGUCAUUUGAGUUUAAGCAGAGAAUAAAGCAUAUUUCCGAGAUCUUUGAUGAUUUAAAGUGGGAGAACGUAGAUCCUGAUUCUCUAACGAGCAAUUUCAUCAGUGAUGUUAUCAUGCUUGUCUCUUCAUCUAUGGCUAUACGAGAUCGAAGUACUGAAAGUGCUCGUUUUGAGAUUUUGCAGGCAACAUACAGUGCUGUUGUGUUGACUGGUGAAAGCCCUCUCCAUAUUGAUGCAGUCAUUGAUCCCUUGAGUCCGUCAGGACAGAAGCUCGCAUCUCUUCUUCAGAUCUUAAUGAAACAUUUUCAGCCGAGCAUGAGAAUUAUACUUAAUCCAUUGAGUUCGCUUGUUGAUCUUCCACUGAAGAAUUACUACAGAUAUGUCGUGCCAUCAAUGGAUGACUUUAGUGGUUCGGACUUUGCUGUGAAUGGUCCUAAGGCUUUCUUCGCAAAUAUGCCUUUAUCCAAAACAUUGACCAUGAACCUUGAUGUACCUGAAACAUGGCUUGUGGAGCCUGUCAUUGCCAUCCAUGACUUGGAUAAUAUAUUGCUAGAGAAUUUGGGGGAGACAAGGACACUGCAAGCUGUAUUUGAACUUGAAGCGCUUGUUCUUACAGGUCAUUGUUUCGAGAAAGACCAUGAUCCACCUAGAGGUCUUCAAAUGAUUCUUGGGACCAAGAGCGCUCCCCAUCUGGUAGAUACUCUUGUCAUGGCAAAUCUAGGCUAUUGGCAAAUGAAAGUUUCUCCUGGGAUAUGGUAUCUGAUGCUUGCACCAGGAAGAAGUUCUGAGCUUUACCUUUUGAAAGAGGGUGAUGGUGGAAGUCAGAAGACCACUUUGUCAAAACGUAUAAUCAUAAAUGAUCUACGUGGUAAAGUCGUUCAUUUGGAAGUAGUGAAGAGUAAGGGCAAGGAGCAUGAGAAGUUGUUGCUUUCUGCUGAUGAUGAUGACCAAUCCUCAGAAAGGCAAAAGGAAAGUCAGAGCAGUUGGAACAAAAAUCUAUUCAAAUGGGCUUCUGGUCUCAUCGGUGGAAGUCAACAUACAAAAAAGAGUGACAGUACUGCAGCGGAGAGUAAAAAUGACCGACAUGGAAAAACUAUCAAUAUAUUUUCAAUUGCUUCAGGACACUUAUAUGAACGAUUCCUGAAAAUCAUGAUAUUAAGCGUCUUGAAAAACACUCAGCGGCCUGUCAAGUUUUGGUUUAUAAAGAACUAUUUAUCUCCAAAGUUUAAGGAUGUGAUUCCACUUAUGGCUCGAGAAUAUGGGUUUGAUUAUGAACUGAUUACUUACAAGUGGCCUACAUGGUUGCACAAACAGACAGAAAAGCAACGCAUUAUCUGGGCCUAUAAAAUCCUGUUUCUUGAUGUUAUAUUUCCACUGUCAUUGGAUAAGGUUAUAUUUGUUGAUGCAGAUCAGAUUGUCCGUGCUGAUAUGGGCGAGCUUUAUGACAUGGAUAUCAAAGGGAGACCUCUAGCAUAUACGCCAUUCUGUGAUAACAACAGAGAUAUGGAUGGCUAUCGAUUUUGGAGACAAGGAUUCUGGAAGGAGCACUUACGAGGAAAACCCUAUCAUAUAAGUGCUCUUUAUGUUGUAGAUCUGGCCAAAUUCCGACAAACUGCGGCAGGAGAUACCCUUAGAGUAGUUUAUGAAACUUUGAGCAAGGAUCCUAAUAGUCUUUCUAAUCUGGACCAGGACCUUCCAAACUAUGCACAGCACACAGUACCAAUCUUUUCUCUCCCACAAGAAUGGCUCUGGUGUGAGUCAUGGUGCGGAAAUUCUACCAAACCCAAGGCAAAAACUAUUGACUUGUGCAACAAUCCAAUGACUAAAGAACCCAAGCUUCAGGGUGCUAGAAGAAUUGUACCCGAGUGGAUCGACCUAGAUCUAGAGGCAAAACAGUUCACUGCAAAAAUUUUAGGUGAAGAAAUGGAUCCUGUUGAGUCUACACAGCCAUCACCUCCUCAAUCUGAGAUCCCGAAAGUUGCUGAAAUCUCACCCGAAAUCGACAUGGAGUCCAAGGCAGAACUGUGAAGAGCAGUUCUUUUAUUUUUUUUCUGGUGUUUGGGGCAAGGUAUCAUUGGUCAAAAUUAUGAGCGAAGCAAAUGCUGACCAUCAAGGUUGUCUUCUUCGACCAUGCCUGACAAGGCAUGUAUGCUGUAUCAAGGAACCAUUAUUAACAGAUUGAUCAGCAGUCAUUACGACAGAACUCAGCGGACACUUGGGUUAGUGACUACAUGAAAACUGCAAGAAAUAUGAGAGCCCUUACAAAGUCUCACUGAGAACUUCAGUGAUGACAUUAUUUAUUUAAACAGACAUUUUUGUAGGAAUAGCAUAGAGAAAGAUUAUUUUAUGUACUUUUUUUUGUAUUAGUUGCAUAUACAUGUAUAAUUACCAAGCUUCUCUUAGUCUAGUGGUAAAGAUUGGUCUCCAUAAUCUUGAGGUUAUCGGAUAAAUGCUUGCUAAGGGGGGUGGAAUUCACUUACCUCUUCCGUGGGCUUGUUUCGUCAUUUCUCUCCGGAAAAAGAUAUUUAUGAUGUAUCAUAUAAUUAGAAUAACUCAAAUUGUUUCAGAACCUUCACAUAUGUUCCUACACUUUGGCAUUAGUUUAGUAUUAAUAGAUUGACCGUAUAUAUAUACUUUUAGGGUU